AGCUCCAGAAUUUGUGUUUGAACAUGGCUAUCAAACAUAUCUGCCCACGGAAAGCAACGAAAACCAGACAGCCACUGUCAUCUCUGUCCCUGCCAAGUCACGUGCCAAAAAGCCCACUGCCCCACCUGCUCAGAAAAGGCUUAACUGCUGCUAUCCAGGUUGCCAGUUCAAGACUGCCUAUGGUAUGAAGGACAUGGAACGUCAUUUAAAAAUCCAUACUGGCGACAAGCCCCACAAGUGUGAAGUCUGCGGCAAGGGCUUCAGCCGGAAGGACAAGCUGAAGACCCACAUGCGCUGCCACACGGGCGUGAAGCCCUACAAGUGCAAGAGCUGCGACUACGCGGCCGCCGACAGCAGCAGCCUCAACAAGCACCUGCGCAUCCACUCGGACGAGCGGCCCUUCAAGUGCCAGAUCUGCCCCUACGCCAGCCGCAACUCCAGCCAGCUCACCGUGCACCUGCGCUCCCACACCGGGGACGCCCCCUUCCAGUGCUGGCUCUGUAGCGCCAAGUUCAAAAUCAGCUCGGACUUGAAAAGGCACAUGCGCGUGCACUCGGGGGAGAAGCCUUUCAAGUGCGAGUUCUGCAGCGUCCGCUGCACCAUGAAGGGGAACCUCAAGUCUCACAUCCGCAUCAAGCACAGCGGGAAGAGCUUCGCGUGUCCGCACUGCGACUUCCUGGGGGACAGCAAGGCGGCGCUCCGCAAGCACAGCCGGCUGCACCAGGCCGAGCACCCCGAGAAGUGCCCCGAGUGCAGCUACUCCUGCUCCAGCAAGGCCGCGCUGCGCGUGCACAGCCGCGUGCACUGCCCCGACCGGCCCUUCAAGUGCGGCCACUGCAGCUUCGACACCAAGCAGCCCAGCAACCUGGCCAAGCACGUGAAGAAGUUCCACGGCGACGCGCUCAAGAGCGAGGCGGCGGAGAGGAGAGACGCGGGCCGGCCGGGCGGCCGCCAGGCGGCCAGGCUGGACGCCAAGAAGACCUUCCACUGCGACCGCUGCGACGCCUCGUUCAUGCGCGAGGACUCGCUCCGCAGCCACAGGCGGCAGCACAGUGAGUAUGGCGACGGCAAGGGCGCCGACGUGACGGUCCUGCAGCUGCAGGUGGACGCCGGCAAGCCGCCCGCCGCGCCCCUGGCCGUGGGGCACCUGCCCCUGCCGCCCACCCCGGCGCCCCCGUUCAGCGAGGGCAGGGUCAAAAUCAUCGUGGGCCACCAAGUGCCCCAGGCCAGCACCAUCGUCCAGGCGGCGGCGGCCGCCGUGAACAUCGUGCAGCCCGCCUUGGUGGCGCCGAACCCCGAGGAGCUGCGGGGCAACAGCCGGCUGCAGGUCCUCCGCCAGGUCAACCUGAUCGCGCCCCCUCCGCCCCCCGGCUGCCCCGGCGAGGCCGCGGCGCUGCCCCAGCCGGCUGUCCUGCUGACCACCCACGACCAGACCCUCAUCCCCACCGCCCCGGGCGGCCCCCAGGAGGGCUCCGGCAACCAGACUUUCAUCACCAGCUCGGGCAUCGCGUGCACUGACUUCGAAGGCCUGAACGCCCUGAUUCAGGAGGGGACCGCUGAAGUGACGGUGGUCAGCGACGGCGGCCAGAGCAUCGCAGUGGCCACCACGGCGCCGCCCAUAUUCUCCACGUCCCAGCAAGAGCUCCCCAAGCAGACUUACUCCAUCAUCCAAGGAGGGGCCCACCCAGCGCUGCUCUGUCCCGCAGAUUCCAUCCCGGACUAGUGCUCAUAAAACAAGAGCAAGGGGGGAAAAGGAGUGACUCCCAAAAAGGACGUCAGAAAGAGAAUUCUGUAAGAGAAUUACUGCUUCCUUACUGUUUUCAAGGGCUGCUGUGAAAAACGCCUCGCCCCCAUAAUAAAUGGCAAUUUUAUACUGCUCACUGUAAUUUGUUUACGCUGUGAUGAUUUUGAGCCCUCUGAAUCACCCUGUUCUAACUGCUGUGGAGUGAGUCUUCAGUGCUACCAACAUGACCCGUUUAGGGGCUGGAAUGAAAGGAGUAGUGAAUGCAUUUGUUUGCUUCCAACUUGUUUCCCAGCUCUAAUAAAGGAUUUUUCCAUCUCAUUAAAUUUGUGUAGUAGAUGGUACUUCUCAGCCUAUUGUGAGCUUCCAUUCUGAAACCCCCCCAGUGUUUGGGGGUAAUAGUGUUUUAAUACAUGGAUACAAAUCUAUUGGCAUGAAGGACCAUUUUCUACAUAAUGUUACAUGGAUAUGCCUAAAAACAGUUUAGGGCAAAUGAGGGGGCGGGGGAAGGAAUGGUUUCCUAAUAAGUUGAUACAUGAUUCAAACAUAACAAAUGUUAAUGAUUCUUUAGAGUCACCGUGUGAUUUGGGUUAUUGGGGGGGGGGGGGUGAGUUAUAUAAUUAAAGAGAACUUGAAUAAGCAAA